AACCCAAGGCACCAUGGAGACAUCAAUGGACAAAUUACUUUCCAAAGUGGAUUCUGAAAAAUGCGUGGGCAUCGAAAUAUCCAACAAGAGUAGUUCUAUCAUCUUAUCGUGUCCAAGCACCUACUGUGACAGUGGCCGUGUACAUUCCCAACCCAGCCCCAGCAUCUUGCCUGGCACCGUGGACCGUUGCGUAUUUGUGAGAACACCGUCAGCAGCCCGUGGCAGCGUGGGAGUCCUCACUUACCAAUUAUCUGGAAACUACACCUUAGCAAUCUUCUUUUCUAACCCUUACAGUUAUGUGUUACAUAAAGUACAUUUGGGUCUGUGGAUCUAUGCUGGCACUGAUAAACCCAUCAAAAAUGUUUACAAAGAGAUGAAAGAUAACCGUGUUUCCAGCCGUUUCUACAAACACUGUGAUAUUGGCAAUGAGACACAGACCUUAGAAGUUUCAAAUGACAAUGUAAGGGUUUUAGCUACAAUGACAAAUACCAAAAAGGCUGUUUUAAGAGUACAUAUUCUAAAUAACAAUGCGGGUUAAAGGUGACGAUUGCGCUAGGCACAGCUCUUUGCCUCUAUAAUCCAGCUUGCAGUACAACACUCAAAGCUAAGGGGCAGAUUUAUCAGUGAGAGAUUAGAGCUCACUACAGAAAAAUACACCCACUUCCUAUUCAUUCCUAUGGGGUUUU